AUGGCAAGUGACUACAACAACGCGGUGGAUCCCAAGGUACCGGUGCUGAAGGGUGAGACGCUGCAGGAUUUCACCCGGUACAAGCGCGCGGUGCAGGCCGCGGAGCUGAGCUGCGAGAGCGCAGAGCAGAAGAGAGCGCUCGGACCGAAGCUGUACCGCAACCUGCUGGGCGCGGAUAACUCGAUCAGCGUGCUGAUCGAGCAGUCGGAUCCUGUAGACUACGCGACCGAGGACGGCGCUCGAGUGCUGCUGAAGUUCCUAGAAGACCAGCGCUUCGCCAAGAGCAGCUUCAGAGAGCUGCCGAAGGCAUUCGACCAGUUCUUCGACCAGACGCACUUCGAGCGCAAGGGUGAAGAGCCGAUGGCAGCGUUCUGCACGGCGAUGGAGGUAGCCAAGCGGAACCUCGAGGAGGUCGACCCGGACACGAAGAUCAGUGCCAACGAGCUGGGCUACCACACGCUGAAGCGAAGCGGCUUGGACAGGGACGAGCGCAAUUUAGUGAUCGCCCGGGCGGAGGAGACGUUCGAUUUCCAGAAGAUCAGCAUGACCUUGAAGAAUCUCUUCCCCCGAGGCGGAGGCAAGCACCGAGAACGACAGGCUCGCGCCGGAUGGCGCUGGGCGAACUACGCGGACGGCGAUCCCACCGCGGACGAAGACGACACGGUCGACGAGUACUGGGUCCAGGACGACGACGGGUACUGGUACGAGUGGGACGAGGAGCGCGGCAUCUACGCGGCCCUCGAGGACGACGACGACGAGUGGGACAACAGCGACCUGUUCUACAUCGAGGACGGCGCGGACGCGUACCUCGCGAAUGAGGACGACGACUACCACCAGGCCCUCGUCACGCUGCGCGAGAGCCGCUUCAAGAUGAACAAGAUCAGGGCGGCGCGCGGAUUCUUCAAAGGCAAGAUCGACGGAGUCGUGGACGAGAGUGCUGCGGCCGGCGGCAAGGCGGCCGGGAAGGGAAGCAAAGGCGGCGGCAAAGGCAAGGACAAAGGGAAGUCAAAGGAUAAGAAGUGCGGCAACUGUGGCAGGAUGGAUCACGCUACGCAGGACUGCACGACGCCAAGAGCUUCCGGCCGACCGGCGAGCAAGGGCUUCAAGGGCCGCGGCAAGACGAGCAAGGCAGGACGUCCACGACGGCUGGGUUUCUGGGCCAUGACGACGCUGGUGUGCGUCAUGCCGGACCUGUUCAGCAACGGGGGUGUCGAGAGCCAGGAGGUCGCGAUGGUGAAGGUCGAGGAGUCCACUGAGCACGACAUCAUGAUGACCGACACCGAGAGCGACUACCACCUGCCCGACGUUCCCGAGGUCGACGUGAUGAUCUCGAGCGAGAUCGUCUCGGCCUCCUUGCUGGACAGCGGGGCCACUGUGGCGGUGGCCGGGCGCGGCUGGCUGGACAAGCAGAAGACGGAGCUGGCCAAGAAGAAGUGGAUCAUGCCGAUCGGGAUCGGCAAGGUGCACGUGAUCCAGGAGUACUUCGAGAUCCCUGGCGACAUGAUCGGCCUGACGAGCAAGAAGAACCUGGCGGACUGGAAGACGAACCUCUACUUACGCGAGGACGGCCAGUGGGCCGACUUCGAGGAGCUGGGCCUGUACGACAUGGAGCUGAUGAAGCUGCCCGGAGGUCACGCGGGGAUCGACAUCCUCGACUUCGACCUGGAGUCGCACGAGGCGGACCCCCUGUUCGAGCAGUUCCGCAUCAGGACCGAGAGCGUCCAGCACAGCGAGCCGGAGGUGUUCCUGGUGGCGGAGACGCUGCAGUCGGGGCCCGACUUCAAGCACCAGGACGACGCCGACCGGUGGGUCCAGGAGGCCAUCAAGAACGGCAACAAGGGCAUAUUCAAGAAGAAUACGCUCAAGAGGAUCGACAGACUCAUGAAGGAGUAUGCGGUCAUAUUCGAUGUGCUGCGCGACAAUAACGAGACGUUUCUCUGGGGGCUGUUUGCGAAGGAGGCGCGUUUUACUCGUGUAGCUUCGAAGGGAGGUCACGCGAAUGCGACCCCCUCGGAUUUAACGACAGGUGUGAACUUCAACGACCCGAAGGUGCGAUCGGAUUUUCUGUUUUUGAUCAGGAUCUUUAAGCCCUGGAUGGUUUCGGUCGCAUUCCCGUGCACCGCCCACUCGAAUAUGCAAGAGUUUCAACGUGCUCAGGGCAUGGGCGACCGGGUGGACGACCUGAUCCAGGAGUUUGAGCCGCUGAUCAGCUUCUCAGCGGAGGUGCUCCAGAUACAAGCUGAAGGUGGACGCAUCGGCAUCGGCGAGAAUCCUCUCACCAGCCGGGCGUGGCGGGAAGCACCGAUCGCGAACCUGCUCAGCUGGCACGGUGACAAGCCACCGCUCUACGAGACGGUCACGCUGCACCAGUGCAUGUACGGGCUCACGGACAGCUACGGCGACCCGAUCCGCAAGCCGACGCGCAUGAUGGUGCCCAACGGCUCGUGCUUUUCCGACUGGCUCGAGCGCAAGUGCGACGGGAGCCACAAGCACGCCGACAUGGUUGGGCGCAGCGCGGAGCUGGCACAGGCUAGCGCCUGGCCGGACGACCUGGGCAAGACCUUGGUGGCUGCGGGCACUCACGAGCUGGCGCGACGGAGCAGCCCGAAGGAGAUGCGCAUCGGGAGCAAUACGACGAAGUCCCCGAGCAAGCAGGUGGUGAACGCUGUGGCUAAGGCGUUCAGGCUGAGGAAGGAGCUGAUCGACGUGCGCGUACUGACGGGCACCGAGGAGAUUACACCACCUCGUGGAGCUAUACGGAGGAUCUACGCGAUGUACUCCGACGAGGGAGUGCUGGCGGACUACAGCGACGCCUACGCGGGCGACCAGGACUUCGCGACGGUCAAGACGGCUAAGCGGUUCCCGACGGACACGGUGAUCGCGAUCUACGUGAACGAGCCGAAGGUGCAGACGUCAUACCCUGCGACGGUGCACAUCUAUGGGAGCAAGCCGAAGGCUUUCACUCCAGACGACCGCGAAGCUGACGAGGCACAUCGAGACCUACAGCGAGAGGGCGAAGGCUUCGGAGACAAGCCUUCGGACAUCACCACGGCCCAGUGGGGCGCGCUCAAGAAGCUCCACCUGAACCUGAGCCACCCUUCGGCUCACGCACUACAGCGACGCCUGAAGUCCUACGGGGUGUCGCAGAAGGUUCUGGACGCGGUGGACAAGCUGGACUGCGUCGUGUGCAAGGAGCUCGGCAGACCGACGACGACACGGAGCUCCAACCUGAAGCUCUCGACGGAGUUCAACCAGAACGUGUUCUUGGACGAGGCCGAGGUGAUCCUCUCGGACGGGACCAGGCUGAUGGUCAUGGUGAUCCUGGACGAUGCCUCGGGUUUCAGGGUCAUCAUCCCUACAAAAGCGGUGAGGUCCAUCACCGGAGAGGAGAGCUUGCGAUGCUUUUCGCAAGGUUGGUUGUCGUGGGCUGGUGCGCCUAAGGUGCUCUACUACGACGCGGCCAAGGGCCACAUCACGAAGCGGUUCGUGGAGGUCGGCGACAAGUACAACAUCCUGAUGAGGCCGGUCCCAGCAGAGGCGCCACAGCUGAAAGGUCGAGUGGAGCGAGCGAUCGACUUCUUCAAGGACCACUUCCAGCGCCUCAACCGCGACGUGCAGCUCACUAAGGACGACGACCCGCACGUGUGGACAGCGGUGAUCGCUAGCACGUGCAACGAUCAUAUUCGGCGGAACGGCUUCACACCAAACCAGUACGUGCUGGGCAAGUCGCCCGGGGUUCCGGCCUCGCUGAUCGAGGCGAUGGAGGGCGACCAGCGGCAACUGGCAGCACAGAGUGCAGCGCUCUUCGAGGACGGACCGAGAAGGGCAGAACAGAUACGCGCUGCGGCGAACCGGGCGUUCUUCGAGCUGGAUAGCGACGACGCCGUCAGGAGGGCCAUGGUCGGCCGCGUUCGCCCGCCGCGCGGGCCGUUCGUACCGGGCCAGCUGGUAUACUACUGGCGCGAGGUGAAGCACGUGAAGUCGAAGAGGCUCCAGGGCGAGCACGGCUGGCGUGGACCCGCGAUCGUGUUGGCCACCGAGGGCCACACGAGGCUGCAUCUCAGCUAUCGCGGCGUGCCAGUGCUCGUGACGCCGGAGCAGGUACGACACGCCUCGCGGAACGAGGCGGAGAUGGUGGAGAACGAGGACCUGGUCAGGCAGCUAUCCCACUGGCGUGGAGGACCGACUCUACAGAAGGGGUUCAUCGAUGAGCGUGGACCUGGGCCUGACGGGAGCGACAAGACGGGCGUGCGCCGCGAGAGGGACGAGAAGGACUCGGACCACGAGGACGACGCGGGCGACCCGCCUGUGGCUAAGGCGCCGCGCGCCGAGCCAGCACCACCACCACCGAAGCCGGUGAUCGAGGCGACGCCGAAGAAGCAGCCCAAGGAUGCAGAUCGCGAACGCAUGCGACUACGACGCGAAGCUCUAAAGAACAGCUCCAUGCGGCUGCCGAAGAUCAAGGACGACCCGACGGACCAGGACGCCCUGCUCAUCAAGGUCAAGAACCGCACGAGGGACGCGUUCCUAGCUCGGAGGACCGACACGCAGAAGAAGCAGGUCACGCCCAAGAAGGGCCGGGAGCUACGCAGCAUCCCACCUGAGUGGAAGGCGGCCUUCGACGCGAGCGACCUGGAAGAGUGGCGCAAGUGGGUCGAGUACGACGCCGUGGAGUGGCCCACUGACGAGGAGCUCGCGGGAGUCGACCAGUCGGCGAUCCUGCCCAUGAGGCGCGUCCGCACGGACAAGAACGAGGCGACGAGAGGCAACUUGUCGUACGAGCAGCAUCCGCUCAAGGCGAAGUCCAGGAACAUCGUCCCGGGCUAUAAGGACAAGCAGCUGCUCGCGGGGGAGUUGAAGACCAACGCUCCAACGCUGACGGACGUGGCCACGGCGGUGAUCGUGCAGGAGGCGGCCAGCCAGGAGGGCUGGAGGCUGGAGCAAGGCGACGUCGACUCGGCGUUCUUGAACGGGAAGUACCUCGACGACUCUCGGCGCGUGUACUUUCGUGCGCCGAAAGGCGGACUGCCGGCGGUGCCCGAGUUGGGCUGGCCAGCGGUUCCCGAGGGGACGGUGCUGAAAGCGAAGAAGGGCAUCUACGGGCUGAACGACGCACCACUGCUGUGGUACGAGGAGCAUCGAGAUACCAUACUGUCCCUGCCCGGUGCAUCAAAGUCGAAGCUGUGCCCGGCUCUCUUCAUCUUCCACGAUGAGCACGGGAAGCUGAUCGGCCUGAUCGGGACGCAUGUGGACGACGAUUUGGUAGCGGGCUCGCCCGAGUUCUUCGCUAACCAGGUGGCCAAGCUGAGGAAGAUUCACUGUUGCGGCAAGUGGCAGACGGCGAAGGCCGGCUUCCAUCAUUGCGGGCGCUUCCUCAAGCAGAACGACGAUGGCACCAUCACUUGCAGCCAGAAGGAGUACACCGAGAGCAUCGAGAAGAUACCGAUCUCGAGCGAGCGUCGCAAGGACAAGGAGGCGAAGGCUACUGCUGAGGAGAGGGCGAUGCUCCACAGUGGCAAUGGCCAGAUCCAGUGGCUGGUGCGGUCGACCCGCAUGGACUUGGCGUUCCGGCUGGUGGAAAGCCAGGCCAGGGCUCACGACAGCGACCUGAAGGUUCAGGACCUGCUGGAUUUCAACAAGCUGGUGAGUGACGCCAAGACGGACCACGUGGACAUCACCUUUCAGAAGAUCAACAUAGACGACGCGAUCGUGGUUGCAGUUGGAGAUUCUAGCCAUGGCAACGUGGGCAAGACGAAGACCGCUAGCCAGGCGGGCUUGGUCAUCCUGCUCGCGGACAACAAGGACGACAAGUUCCUGCAGGGUAGACCGGCCAAGGUCACACCCAUGCUGUGGCGAUCACACCGCAUCAAGCGAGUGGUCCGCAGCACCCUCUCUGCCGAGACGAUGGCGGCGCUGGAGGCGGUCGAGAGCGGGGACAUGCUGAGGCAGCACCUGGUGGAGCUGCACUACGGGCUCGGCUACCGGACUCACAUGGAGGACGUGAAGGCCAUCAAGAUGGUGGAGGUCACGGACUGCAAGUCGCUCUACGACCUACUCCAGAAGCGAGGGACGGUACCCUCCGAGAGGCGGCUGCUGAUCGACAUCGAGGCGCUCAGGAAUGACUUGGAGUUCAACAACGUGGUGAGCAAGUGGGUGAACACAAAGCAGAUGCUCGCCGACUGCCUCACCAAGAACGACGUGCGCGCUGGCGACUACAUGAGGUACGUGCUCCAGACCGGCGAGUACCGGCUCACCGAGGACCUCAUGGCCGACCAGAUCAUAGCCAAGCAGAGGAUGGAGCUCAAGGGACGCAGGGGCGAGUACUACCGCGCGAAGUACCCCAAGAGACUGCGACCUGCCGAACAACACUACGUUCACGAAGGCUACACUUACUUCGAGGAGUGCAUCGCGGACGUUCGGUACAACGCGCGUGUGCUACAGCCUGCUCCGAAGCCAUACCUCCGAUGGCGUAUGACACUCGGCCAGCGCGAGGACGACGUCUACUACGAGAAGCUUGAGGAGAUGGUCGACUGGUCUGGCCUGGACCAGGUGUCGAAGCGCAGGAGGAUCCCCACGCAGAUUCGGAAGCUGCUGACGAUCUAUGCGCCGACCAAGGCCGCCCUCGAGCGCUACGAGAAGGACUUCACGGAGAAGCACGUUAUCAAGAAGCCGAAGGUGACCGACGAGGGCGACAUGCAGGACAAGCUGGACGUUACCGAGGAUCUUGGUGCGAUCGUGGAGUCGGCCGAGACGGUGAAGGUGGACGGCACCAACGAGGUCGCGGAGAUCUACAUGAUGGACGCUGCGGGUGCCGAGACCGAGGAGGUCAAGUCAGGCGCCGCCGCGGCCGCGACGGUGGUUGUGUGCGCAGUGUGUCGCAUGGUGGUGGACCAGUGCGAGUGUGGACCGCGAACCCGCAAGAAGGCCAACCAGCGAUCAUCGUGCUCAACACAUCCAGGAGAGCUACCGCCAGUACCAGGUGACGACGAUGAAGGCGGCGAUGACGCCGGUGACUGGGAAAAGCUACCACACCGACUCUACCAGGAGCGGCAGAAGUCUACGACACCGACGAAGAAGGCCAUGAUGAAGGCACGCGCGUUGCACGAGAAGACCAAGCACGCAUCCUACAUGCAGAUCGAGGAGGACUUCGGCGAAGUGCUGGAGGAAGGUGUCCUGGAGGCGUACGAGGUGGUCGUCAAUAACUGCGCCGUGUGCCGGAAGGACAAGAAGAUCUACGACACAGUGCAACGCGGAAUCAAUAACAAGGAGUUCUGGAUGGACGGGUCCGGCAGCAGCCACAAGGGGAAGAGCCAGGGCAAGACCGACCCCAGCUCAGACCACUGCGAGCACCCGAAGGAGAAGCUCACGACCCGAGGGAGCAACCAGUACAAGGACAAGCUGAGGUGCAUGCAGUGUGGCUCACUGCUGGUGGACACCGACACCGACUGGUGGCGACAGGAGAAGGAGUAUCGUGCCCAGGAGAAGCUCCUCCGUGCUGAGAAGGAGAAGCAGGUGCAAGCUGAGAUGAGGGCCAUCCGCUUGCGUGACAUGUACCAGAAGGCCUCUGGGCACGAGCUCGACAUCUCCGACGUGAGCUACCACGUGGAGAACUACCACACUGCCAUUUUGGCAAGCACGGGCAUCCUCGCGGUUUGCGACGACGCCUUUCUGGCGCUGCGAGCUGCGUCGCCCAGCGAGUCGUUCGACGAGCCCCGCCGGCCUGGCGAGACGGACGACGGGGAAGGCGAGGACGUCGAUUUGAGCAGGCUCGGGACGUUGCGGUUCGCUUUCGACGUGAUCCACCAGGGGAUGAAUUGCGAGAGCUCCACUGCGUUGGAGCUCACGAGGGAACUGCAGCAGUGGGUCGAGGAGAAUGAAGGCGUGGACUACAAGGGGAUGAAGACGAGGCACUGGGCCAGACGCCUUACGCGCGGGCUGGGCAGGCACCGCGCGCUGCGGCAGUGGCUCUGGACGAAGGGCGUGGCCCACACGCUCGAGGAGCUCACGCGGCGCAGCGAGCAGCACACCCAGCGCUACGAGGCCAUCAGCCACCACCACGCCGCCCUGCGGGGCGAGGUCGUGGACCUGGACGGCAACGACCUGCAGGAGGUCACGCCGGAGGAGUACGCCCAGGCCGUGGCGUUCAUGGUGUCGGAGUGGUGGGUCUGCAAGACGCGCUGGUGGAUCAUGAAGAUGAUCGACGAGUUUUACCUCUUGUCCCCAGAGAUGCUGAUACGGGGACAUCCUCGCUGGGCGUUCAGGAACGGUGGCACACCUGAAGGUUGGAAGCGCUACAAAGUCCCGGGCAAAGGGGAGAUGUGGUGGAACCCCAAGACCAAGCGGAUGCAGCGCGGGGCGCCGGAGCAAGAGUCGCCGGAGCGCAGCCGCACGAGCUCCCGCCGAAGCGGGAGCCGCCCCUGGCGCUGCUCGACAUCGGCAGCUGCACCAACCCCUUUGUGGAGCACCAGUUCAUGGUCGAGCCGCUGGCGCUGGACACACCCGGCGCUCAGAGAAAAGGAACAGGCAGAUUUCCUGCAGUUGCCAGUGGUCGACGCAGAGCCUGGCGCUGAAGGAGAGCGCUUCACCCUGAACGAGGACGGGAGCCUCCGCUCGAUCACCGCCGGCUCGUUCGACGUGGCGGUGUUGUCGCUGGUGUUGUCCUACGUCCCGACCCCCCUCCAGAGACUCGAGAUGAUCCGCAAGGCGCGACGCUGCUUGACCGACGAGCGCGGCCUCCUCUUCGUCGUGGAGGCGGGGCGAGUAGUGCCGAGCAGGGAGUUCUACGAGGGUGACCCCGCUACCGAGUGGUCCAACGCGAUCUCGAAGUGUGGCUUCAAGUGCAUCCGCUACGCGGACUGGACCAGGUCUUCGAGCACAAGAAGAGGUACGACGUUCACCAGUGGAUCUUCGAGACCGCCCCGGUGGAUCCCGACGUGGAGCCCGAGCCGCUCUUCGUGGGCAAGGAGAGUACGUUGCGAAGACGCUCGGUUACAAGGAGCCCUGGAAGAAGCUGAGCAGCCAGCCGCUCACGACUUAGGGCCUCCUGGAAGCAGCGGCCGUGAACUCGCCCGGUUGUGCUCCGAGGGCGCCUCGGGCGGCGCAGGCCGCCAGGGCCCCAGGGGCGCGCGUUGCCACCCCGCAAAACCUUCCUGGCGGCUCGAGCAGGGCGCGUCGUCGGGGUGCGCCGCCGCCAGGGCCUCCCGGCGCCCUGGAGGCUGGUGCCAGGCCUCUCUCCGGGGGCUCAGCCACAAAGUCCGUUGGGCCGUCGGGAGCUCGGCCCCGCGCGAGGGGGCCGACGGCUCCCCUGCGCCGCGCGGUUUGCCCUGCACCGUCCGCGCGUGCCGCUGGUAG